UAAAUCCGAUUAAUUUAUUUUUCAUUAUAAUUUAAAUUAAAAAAAAAUAAUAAAAAAAAUAAAAUGUUAAAUGUGUUACAGAGCGACCUAGUUUGUUAAGUGUAGAGAAUAUUGCAUUAAAAAAAGUGAAAGUUAAUUGGGGUGCGUCUGUAUGUCGGACCUGUUUUCUCCAUUAUAAUAUUAUCUAGGCUGUAAUUAAAGGUCCGUAGAAAAUGUCCAAAAUCGGAAAAUUGUCAUUAUGGCCGGCCGUGGUCCCGCUGCUGCUCGUCAUAAUCGGAAACAUGACAAAAUUAGACUUCAAUCCAAAUAUUAAAAGUGUCUCUCUGCCGAAUUUUGAAGGUGCUCUUUCUUAUAAUCGAGAUUUAAGCGGUGCCCAGAGAUUGUUCGAAGGAGAAGCACUCGGACCAGAAUCUCUAGCAGUAUUAAAUGGUACCAUUUACAGCGGUUUAGAAAAUGGAAAUAUUGUGAAAUUCACUAAAGAAGGAAAAAUGGAAAUCGUGACUAGAAUAGGAAAAGAUUGCGAGGGAGGUUGGCAGAGCCACGUUUGUGGACGUCCUCUGGGCUUACGUUUCGAUAAAAAUGGCAAUUUGUAUGCGGUAGAUGCCGUAUUUGGCAUCCACAGAAUCGACGUGAAAACAGGAUUGGUGACCCCUCUACUGCCUACGUAUCGAAAUAUAGAAGGAAGACCGAUGGUAUUUCCAGAUGAUUUAACUAUGGACGAAGAAGGUAACAUAUACAUAACAGAUGCCAGUGCAAAAUGGGAAGUGGAUGAAGUUCUAUACAUAGCAGCAGAAUUUGAUAAGAGUGGAAGAGUUAUUAAAUUCAAUCCGAAAACCAACGAAGCCGAAGUCAUCAUGAGAAACAUUGGCUUUCCCAAUGGCAUUCAGAUAUCCAAAAGAGGAGAUUUCAUUCUAGUCUCCGAAAUUGUCGAAAGAAGAAUAUUAAGGUAUUAUCUUAAGGGUGCCAAGAAAGGAACUACGGACGUAUUCGUGGAUAAUCUUCCCGGAGAACCAGAUAACAUUAGACCAAGUAGCAGAGGAGGAUACUGGGUGGCCAUAGCGUCUGCUCGAAAUUCGACUCAUCCUCUUAUAGUCGAUAGAUUUUUGGAAUAUCCCUUAAUCUUAAAGUACAUGGUCAAGACGCUGUUUGCCGUAGGUUCAUUUUUGCAGCGGGUGGCUGAUUAUUUGCCUUUCGCUUCGUUCAGACGUUUCGCCUUUUUGAUUAGAUCGGGACGAUUCGGAGAAGAUCUCUUCCACAUGCCCGGCAUGGUCUUAGAGCUAGAUUCCGAGGGAAAGAUCUUAAGAAAUUUCUUUUCUCCGGACGAGAAAAUUAAAUUCCCGUCGGAAGUAUUGGAAUAUAACAAACAUCUGUACAUUGGUUCGUUUGUCAACCAUUAUCUAGGAAGGUUAAAGUUAUCAUAACUAGACGUAGAAUGGUACAUGCCUUUAUAAUCAAAUAAGUAAUUUCUACUAUUGAUAAAUAAUAAAAUUGUUACAUAAAUCUUAGUUUAGGUAAAGUAAUCAUAUUUGAAAAACUAAAUACUUGCAGAUUUUAUAGAUUUAGAUUCUAGUUACUGUAUAUAUGAUUUGAAUUCAUUAUUUGUAGCAUUAUACUUUGUAUAUAUUGUGAUGUGAAAUUUAUGUAAUUACUUUACAACUCUUCUCAACAAAAUUUUAUAAUUUUAAGGUAUAAUCUUAUAUUCUUAUACUUUUUAGAAAAUUUACAUAGUAAUUGAUGAUAAAUUGCAAUUUAACUGAUCUAUUAUUAUGAUGGAAAUAUUUACCAUUAUUUACAGCAUAAAUUAAAAACAUUUGAUGAAACGUGCCAAUAUCUAUUGUUCGAUUUUAUAUGGUUCACUAAAAAAACAGGUGUUGCGACUAAAUUAUAUGCAGAGAAAGAGAAUCUUUUCAGUUCAAAAUUAUUGCAGAAUACAUUACUUUGAUGAAGAUGCACUAUCCCAGUAGCGUCUUUUUCUAAGACAGAAAAGAUAAUUGUGGGAAAAUAAAAUUCAAUGUAGUAAUGCUCAUUUGAGAAUACUAAAUUCAUUGUUGACCAAAACAAAAAAAAAUAUUUUUAUCAAUAAAAAAACUGAAAAAUA